UCUUCUCUUCAAUCAUUAAUCUUCGUUUCCAUUCUUCUUCUUCCUCCUGCUUCUUCUUCUUCUUCUUCUCCCCAUUAAUGGCUCUCAAAACAGUCCUCGUGAAACUCAAAUCCGCCAUCUUUCCAAAACCUUCCUCCAAAACAACCCGAUCUUCUCCGCCGGCGAUCAACUCCGCCGCCGUCGCUGCCUCCUCCACCGUCGUCGGGGUUUUGUCGUUCGAAGUUGCUCGUCUCAUGACGAAGCUCCUCCAUCUCUCGCACUCUCUCUCCGACAGCAACGUCGUCAGUAUCCGGGACCAAUCCAUCUCUCUCGAAGGCGUCCGAAAGAUCGUGUCUGGCGACGAGACGUUCUUGAUGAGCCUGGCGUGCGCCGAGCUCGCCGAGAGCCUCGGCCAUGCCGCCAUGGCCGUGUCACGGCUGAGCCGCCGCUGCGUCACUGCGAGCCUCUGCUCCUUCGAGAAGCUCUUCUACGAGUUUGCCGACAUGGGUCGUGACCCACAUGGCUGGGCCAUGAGCUGCAAGGACAUGGAAGCCAAUAACAAGAAGUUGGAAAGAUACGUGAACGUGACGACGGCGCUGUACAGAGAGCUGGAGGAGCUGACAAUGCUGGAGAACGCUUUCAAGAAAUACAGUAAGCAACUGAUCCUCGUUGCCGACAAAGAGAACGACAACAACAGUAACAAGGAUCUGCAGAAACUGAUGGAUCUGCAACAGAAGAUCCAAUGGCAGAGACAACAAGUGAAGUACCUCAAAGACAGAUCUCUCUGGAACAAGAGCUUCGACGCCGUCGUCGUGAUCCUCGUCAGAUCGGUCUUCACCUCUCUGGCGAGGCUCAAAUCCGCUUUUUCCGCCGUCGCAAUCGGCUUCGUGGGUCCCACCUCUGUCCCUCGGUCUCUCUCCUCGUCGUCUUCUUCCUCGACUCUGAUUCACCCGACCCCAAACGACGCCGUUCCGGCGCCGGAAAAAGGGGGAAACCCUAAAACGGCGUCGUUGUUCUUCGAGGCGAUCUCGAAGCUCCUGAAGCCACCGGAGACGACUCUCGGAGGUUCUGCUCUUGCUCUGCACUACGCCAACUUGAUUGUCGUGAUGGAGAAGAUGAUAAAGCAGCCACAGUUGGUGGGUCUCGAUGCAAGAGACGACCUGUACGGAAUGCUACCGGAAAGUGUACGGACAUCGCUGAGGUCACGGCUGAGAGGGGUCGGGUUCGCGGCGACGGACGCCGAGCUGGCGGCGGAGUGGAAAUCGGCGGCGGGGAGGAUACUGGGAUGGCUUUUGCCGAUGGCCCAAAACAUGAUUCGGUGGCAGAGCGAGAGGAGCUUCGAGCAGCAGAAUCUGGUGGUGGAGAAGACGACGAACAGUAAUCAUCAGAUUCAGAUUCAGAAAAACCAGCAAGUGAAUGUGAUGUUGUUGCAGACUCUGUUCUUCGCGGACAGAGCGAAGACAGAGGCUGCGAUAACAGAGCUUCUUGUCGGGUUGAAUUACAUUUGGAGGUUCGAGAGAGAGAUGACUGCUAAGGCUUUGUUCAAUUUGCAGUCUCCGACAAAAUAAAAUUUUUAAAAAAAAAAAAACUGAUCGAUUCCUUGUAGAGUUCUCUUUUUUUUUGGAAAAAAAAAUAUGAGUUUGGGAAUUUUGAUGGUUUUUUUUUUAAUGUUCAAUAAUAUGAACAUCAAAACAUUGAGAUUUU